AAAACAUUCAGUUUGUAAACUACUUUAGCAAAUCAAUUAAUUAAAACAUUUCAAUUUUUAUCAUUAUUUCUAAAAAUGAAGAUGAAGCAAAUCAUUUUAAUUUUUUCAAUUCUUGCAUUAGCACAAAUUUUAACAGCUUUAAAAAAAUUUGGAUCUCCUAAGAAAAAAAUAACGCAUUCAAGUUUACUAUCUUGUUUGAAAAAAUAUAAACUAGCAUCUCAAGUUACAGGAAUAACUGGACAAUUUAAUUUAAAAUAUAAAGAAAUUUUAAAUGGUUACAAGGUACAUUUAUUUAGUAACACUAUGACCCCAGCUCAAGUAACUAAUGAUAUGAGUAAAUAUAUUUGUAAUAAGUUUACUGAAAUCGAAUUGAACACUCUGGGUGGUAUAAAAUUGUGUUGGGAAAAAGUAGAAAUAUGUUCAAAAAUGUUUCUAUCAUUUUUAUCACAAGAAAGUUCUACAUCAGAAAAUCUGAACUUACAUGAAACAUUAACUUCAGAAAAGUUUUUAAAUGUUUCACAUCAUGAAGAAGCUUCAUAUAAUAAAGAAAGCUCUCUCUCAUCAGAGGUAUCUGAUAAUGAAGUACAUCCAAUAGAUUUAUUUGAUAAGGAAGUAAAAUCAUUACACUUAUCUAAUGAUAAAUUAGAAUCUAAAUCUUGUUCAAGAGACAGAUCGUUUAAUAGUAAAAUAAAUCAUCCUAACAGUGAAUCAUACAUUUCAUUGAAUAGAUCUACUUUACCAGUCAUGAAAUUAUCACAUAAUAAAAAACAGGCAUUAUCUACAUUUGCGCCGCCAUCUGGAUUAAAAAUACCCCAAAUAAAUAAUAAUCCUAAACUUAUUUCAAAACUACCAGAAAAAAUGGACUGGUUUGAAUCAGAAUCUCUACUCAAUAAAGAAAAUUAUCCCCCUAAUAUAAUUUCAACGUCACUUAAUAAGAAGCCGUUAGAGGGCGAACCAAAAUUAGUAAAUUUAUCACAUAACAAAGUACCAACUAAAUCCAAUACAUCUACAAGAUCAUUUUCGAUGAACUCAAUUCUUUCUGAAAAAAUUGAACAACCAAGGUAUUUUAAACAAAACAAACAAAUUUUAGAUAAUAAAGAUUUAUCACAAAAUGAAAUACCAAUUACAAUUCUCACUGCGCCAACAUCUGGUUUAAAAUUAAGCAAACCUAAUUUAAGUCAAGUAAAAUCACGAAACUUUACAACAAGUAAACCAUGUUUACCAAAUGAAGACUUAUCGCGUAACAAAGAACAAAGAAAACCAAGUAUAUCGGAAAGAUUUAUUCCCACAAACGUUAAACUAUCAGAAAACGUAGAACAACCAAAAUACUUUAAGCCAAAUAAACAAAUUUUAACAAAUAAUGGUCCGGUGAUUUCUGCAUUUGUACCACCAUCUGAUCUAAAAUUUAAAAAACCAGACGUCAAUCAAGAAAAAUCACAGAAUUUUAUACAAAGUAAACCAUUUUUAGGAAACGUAGAUGUACCACAUGAAAAUAUGCAAUCUAAACCCUUUACAUCGGAAAGAUCACUUACAACAGAUAUAAACUUCUCUAACAAUGUUUACGCUUCACAAUAUUUUACACCUAGUAGAUCGCUUUUUCAGGACAUAGAUUUUCCGCGUAAUAAAAUAUCAUUUAAACCUCUAGAAUCAUAUAAGUCAAUUACAACUAGCGCUAAGUUAUCUGAUGACAUACAAUCGCCACUAUACUUUAAAACAAACAAAAAAUUUGUAGAUGAUGUCAAUUUAUCACGUAAUAAAAUACAAUUAAAACCCCUUAUAUCAAAUAAGGCUAUAAACGUCGAGUCAUCUGACAAUAUUUUACCAUCACCAUACAUAAAAUCACCCGUGAAUUUAGAUUUAUCAAUUACUAAUAAAAAAUCUAAACCUAUAAUAACAAACGAUGAGCCAUCUAACGAUAUGUUGUUACCAUCACGAUAUGAUGAACCAAAGAGAUCAUUUUUAGCGGAUAUAGAUUUAUCGCAUUUUGAAGGACAAUCUGAUACUGUUACUAUAAAUGAUGAGCCAUCUAAUGAUAUGCUACUACCAUCCCGGAACAUUGUACUAAAUAGACCAUUUUUACCAGAUAUAGAUUUAUUAUAUUCUGAAGGACACACUAAACCUGUUACAACAAAUUAUGAGCCAUUCAACGAUAUAUUAUUACCGUCACGAUAUGAAGAACCAAAAAGAUCGUUUUUAGCGGAUAUAGAUUUAUCGCAUUUUGAAAAACAAUCUCAACCUGUUACGACAAAUGUUGACCAAUCUAAUGAUAUACAUCUACCAUCCCGUAACAUUGAAUCAAAUGGACCACUUUUACCGGAUAUAGAUUUAUUAUAUUCUGAAGGACAUUCUAAACCUAUCAAAACAAAUGUUGAACCAUUAAACGAUGUAUUAUUACCGUCGCGAUAUGAAGAACCAAAAAGAUCGUUUUUAGCAGAUAUAGAUUUAUCGCAUUUUGAAAGACAAUCUCAACCUAUUACGACGAUUGUUGAACAAUCUAAUGACAUGCGUUUACAAUCCCGAAACAUUGAAUCAAAUGAACCAUUUUUACAGGAUAUAGAUUUAUCAUACUCUGAAGUACAUUCUGAACCUAUUACGACAAAUAUUGAGUCAUUUGAUGAUAUACUGCUACCAUCAAGAUACAAGGAACCAAAGAGAUCAUUUUUAGCGGAUAUAGAUUUAUCGCAUUUUGAAAGACAAUCUCAACCUGUAGCGUCAAAUGUUGAACCAUCUAAUGACAUGUUAUUACCUUCACGAAACAUUGAACCAAGUGAACCCUUUUUAGCGGAUAUAGAUAAACCUGUUACAACAAUUGUUGAGCUAUCUAAUGACAUGCUACUACCAUUUCAGAACAUUGAACCAAAUGGACCAUUUUUGGCAGAUAUAGAUUUAUUAUAUUCUGAAGGACAUUCUAAACCUGUUAUGACAAAUGUUGAACCAUCUAAUAACAUAAUACUACCGUCACGUAACAUUGAGCUAAAUGAACCAUUUUUAGCAGAUAUAGAUUUAUCAUAUUCUGAAGGACUCUCUAAACCUGUUACAACAAAUGUUGAGCUAUCUAAUGGAAUGCUACUACCAUCCCGGAACAUUGAACCAAAUGGAUCAUUUUUAGAGGAUAUAGAUUUAUCGCAUUUUGAAAGACAAUCUCAACCUGUAGCGUCAAAUGUUGAACCAUCUAAUGACAUGUUAUUACCAUCCCGGAACAUUGAACCAAAUGGAUCAUUUUUAGAGGAUAUAGAUUUAUCAUUUUCUAAAGAACAUUCUAAACCUGUUAUGACAAAUGUUGAGCCAUAUAAUAACAUAAUAUUACCGUCACAAGAUAUUAAGCCAAAUAAAUCAUUUUUAGCAAAUAUAGAUUUAUCUUACUCUAAAGGACAUUCUGAACCUGUUACAAUAAAUGUUGAGCCAUCUAAUAACAUAAUACUACCUUCACAAAACAUUGAGUCAAGUGAAUCUUUUUUAGCGGAUAUAGAUUUAUCAUAUUCUGAAGGCCUCUCUAAACCUGUUACAACAAAUUUUGAGCUAUCUAAUGACAUGCUACUACCGUCACUUAACAUUGAGCUAAAUGAACCAUUUUUAGCAGAUAUAGAUUUAUCAUAUUCUGAAGGACAUUCUAAACCUGUUAUGAUAAAUGUUGAGCCAUCUAAUAACAUAAUACUACCUUCACAAAACAUUGAGCCAAGUGAACCUUUCUUAGCGGAUUUAGAUUUUUUACAUUUGGAAGCUCCACUAAUAAAACCCAACAAGCUAACAACAACGACCGAUCAAUCACCUUUAUUUGAUUACCUUCCAUAUUUUUAGAAAAAAAUGAAUUUUUUCUUAGAAAAUUGUUCUAUGAAAUCAUUUUUAAAAUGAAUAAUUUAAUUUUUUUUUUGUUUACUCAUUAUUUUGAUAUUUUUACUUAAUUUUUUUGUUAUAAUAUAAUUUAUACUUAA